UUUAUCUCAGUUUUACUCGAGAGUUUCACAUUUUAUGGCGACUAACGAAUGUCCCUGAAGUAUGGUGGAAAACCUUAAAUCACAAGAGAUAGAAGUAUCGAAAUUCAAUGAGAGAAGAACGGGAAAUAAAUCAUGAACCAAUCUGAGUCACAGCAAAAUUUGCUCAGCAAUGAAAGUGCAACUGGAAAAACAGCGGCUGUACAGUCAUUGCAAGCACCUGCUGAAUAUUCACUUGGACCAGUUGAAAAGCACUUCCUGCUCAGUGCAGAACGAGGUGAUUGUGCAACUGUCAAAAGAUUACUUGAAGAACACAAAGGUCAUCCUGAAAUUUUAAAUAUCAAUUGUGUGGAUCCAUUAAAUCGAUCGGCUCUCAUAGCAGCUAUAGAAAAUGAAAAUGCUGAUCUUAUUAAUCUUUUACUGGAUCUUGGAAUUCAAGUUAAGGAUGCUCUCUUACAUGCCAUUAAAGAAGAGUACGUGGAAGCUGUCGAGAUCCUGUUGGAGUGGGAGGAAAGGAUUCAUGUUGCCGGACAACCAUACAGUUGGGAAGCAGUUGACAGAUCAUCAUCGAAUUUUACUCCUGACAUAACGCCCCUAAUUUUGGCGGCACAUAAAAAUAAUUAUGAAAUUAUAAAGAUCCUUUUGGAUCGUGGUGCUACUCUUCCUACUCCUCACGAUGUAAGAUGCGGUUGUGACGAAUGUGUUUUAUCAAGUGAUCAAGACUCACUGCGACAUUCCCAGUCGAGAAUAAAUGCCUAUCGAGCUCUUUCCGCGUCAUCCCUCAUUGCCCUCUCCUCCAGGGACCCACUUCUUACAGCAUUCGAAUUGUCCUGGGAACUGCGAAGACUCAGUCGAAUGGAGCAGGAAUUUCGCGCUGAAUACAAUGAAAUGAGAGAACAGGUACAGACUUUUGCAACUUCUCUGUUGGAUCACGCUCGCACUUCCUAUGAAUUGGAAGUCAUGCUCAACUACAAUCCCACGGGAGACAACUGGGAACCUGGAGAGAGGCAGACAUUAGAAAGACUUAAACUUGGAAUUAAAUAUAAACAGAAGCAAUUUGUUGCUCAUCCAAACGUACAGCAGCUGUUGGCUGCCAUUUGGUAUGACGGUUUGCCUGGAUUUCGACGAUUGAGUAUGAUUAAUCAAUUGAUGGAAGUGGGAAAAUUGGGAGCAAUGUUUCCCGUUUAUAGUACAAUUUACAUGCUUCAGCCCACGUCGAAAAUGGGACUUUUUAUGAAAAAACCUUUUGUUAAAUUUAUUUGUCACUCCGCAUCCUACGCUGUUUUUCUAAUGUUACUUGGAAUGGCUUCGCAACGAAUAGAAUAUUUGGUGAUUGAACUUUUUGGCAAUGCGUGGUUAAGGGAAAUUUUAGCGGGAUGGAAACGAAAAGAACGAGGUUGUUUGCCUGGUUUCGUUGAGUCUGGGGUCAUUCUGUAUAUAAUAAGUAUAGUGAUAGGGGAGAUCAGAGCAUUAUGGUCCGGCGGAUUAAUGGAAUACAUAUCAGAUCUAUGGAACAUUGUUGACUUCAUUCAAAAUACUUUCUACGUUCUAUGGAUGUUUUUAAGAGCAACUGCCUGGUUUGUCGUAAUGAGAGAAUACUGGAGUGGCGAGGAUCCUUGGUAUCCAAGAGAUCAGUGGGAUGCUUUUGACCCGAUGCUUUUAUCUGAAGGUGCAUUCGCAGCAGGAAUGAUAUUCAGCUUUUUAAAACUCGUGCACAUAUUCAGCGUCAACCCACAUCUUGGACCCUUGCAAAUUUCCCUCGGGAGAAUGAUAAUAGACAUUAUCAAAUUCUUCUUCAUCUAUACACUCGUUCUCUUCGCCUUUGGUUGCGGAAUGAAUCAGCUAAUGUGGUACUAUGCGGACUUGGAGAAAAUGAAAUGUUAUCAUGCACAUCACGAUAUACCGGAUUUCGAUAAUCAGGAAAAAGCUUGUGCAACUUGGAGGAGAUUUGCCAAUCUUUUCGAGACCUCCCAAUCACUAUUUUGGGCAAGUUUUGGCAUGGUUGACCUAAUGUCCUUCGAUCUCACCGGAAUCAAAAGUUUCACUCGCUUUUGGGCUCUUUUAAUGUUUGGCUCAUAUUCUGUGAUUAAUAUCAUCGUACUCCUCAACAUGCUUAUUGCCAUGAUGUCAAAUUCAUAUCAAAUAAUUUCAGAAAGAGCGGAUACAGAAUGGAAAUUUGCAAGAAGUCAUUUGUGGAUGAGUUAUUUUGAAGAUGGAGAUACGGUUCCACCUCCAUUUAAUAUGGUACCGACAUCAAAGACAUUUAAUAAGAUUAUAAAAUGCGGUAACACUGGACGACCAACGAAAUCUUUAAUCAAAAAAUCACGAGAAAAAGCAAAAGAGAGACACGACAUUGUAAUGAGAUUAUUAAUUCGCCGUUACGUUACUUCUGAGCAGACAAAACGUGAUGAUUUUGGAAUUACAGAAGACGAUGUAAUUGAAAUUCGUCAAGAUAUCUCAACUCUACGCUAUGAAUUGAUUGAUAUUCUUCGACUCAAUGGAAUGCAGACUCCAAAAGCUGAUAAGCAAGAAGUUUCCGGAAAGAAAGGUAGAAUAAUGGAACGAAGAUUACAAAAGGACUUCCAGAUUGGAUUUGUCGAGGGAUUAGUGAAUCAAGUGAUUCAAAGUCAAAGUCAACCGAAAGAUGUAUUUAGUCAAAUUGCCAAAGCAAUUGGUCGAAGAAGUAGUGGUGGCAGUAAGAAGGAUUGGAACGCUGCCGUUAGACAAAGUGUAAUUAUUCGCGAUCCAAUUGGUAGUAGAUCGGAAGCAAUGGUUAAACAAACUAGACGAAGUUUAAGACGACAUCUUGCUAAUCAUCCUAAUUCUGAUUUGGCUUCACUUGAUCCCGAUCGACUUUUAGAAUAUAAUCCGAAUUUAUCCGAAGUUUCGCCUGCAACUCGUGUUGCAUACGCCAAAUUUAUUCUCAGUCGAAUACCUAAAAAGGAGGGCGGAAGUUUCGAUGCUGGCGACGAAGGAGAAGGAGGAGAAGGUGGAAAGAGAAAAUUAGUUUCGCAAAGAAGUAAAGUGUCAAUAGUGGACGCAAUGAGGCAAACGACGCCAACUGGUUCAGUGAAGAAAGGUCCCCCUAUCGCUAAAACACCCAGUAUGGCGGGAAUAAUGAAAUCAGCGUCAAAAGCAUCUUUGGAAGUUGUUGACGGUGAACCACGUACACCAUCGCCAAUACCAGAGGAUCCACGAGAAUAUGAUAAACCCUCUACGUCAAAGCAAAUGUCCACCAAAAAGGAGGCAAGCACCGAAGAAGAAAAGAAGAAACGCGAAGAGGAAAAAAUGAAGAAAGACGAAAAAACGGGAGACGAGAAGAAUGAAGACAAAAAGAAAGAAGAAGGCAAAAACGAAGACGAUUCAAAGAAGAAAGAUGAUGGAGAAAAAAAGAAAGAAGAUGAAUCUAAAAAGAAGGAUGAUACAGAAAAGAAGAAAGAAACACCAAAACAAGAAGUAAAUAGACCAAGAGCAGACGAUAUGAAUACAACGAAACUACGCGGAAAAUCCAAAGCCACGGGACAAAUUAUGGGCGGAUGGAUUUAA